AUGGAUUAUUUUUCCUUUCUCCAUAUGAAUGUCUCCAGUUUGGUACCUGGACUACACCAUUACUUACUCUCCUUGGAUAUAGACUAUAUGCGAUGGGUACUCUGGGUAAUCUAUCCCAUCAUCAUCUCUUUCCUCCUGCCUCUACUCAUUGUGAUCUUCUUGCUUGCCUCAGUGCUUUUCUUGCAUGUUUACUCUUAUCGCCAUAGACUCCGUAAGGCCUAUGCUCAAGAUUUUUGGCAAGGGGCCCGACAGACCCUGGCUGUAUUGUGGGAUGGACAAGGUUACAUUUGGCAUGAUUAUGAGGUUGAAGGCUUCAGCAAUGUUCCCAGCUCUGGUCCAGCACUUCUAAUUUACUAUCAUGGGGCAAUUCCCAUUGAUGUCUACUAUGUUAUGGCAAAAUGUAUCAUUGACAAAGGACGAACAAUUCGAGCAGUCGGAGAUAGAUUCCUUUUCAAAGUCCCAGGACUGCGGAUCCUGAUGGAUGUCUUCAAAGUAACACCUGGUACUGUUCAGAGCUGUAUUAACUUGCUAAAAGAAGGUCAUGUAUUGGCAAUUGCUCCAGGUGGUGUUCGAGAGGCUUUAUUUGGAGAUGAGGAAUAUAGAAUCAUGUGGAGUAAAAGAAUAGGCUUUGCUAAAGUAGCCCUUUUUGCUAAUGUGCCUGUGAUUCCAAUGUUUACGCAAAAUGUUCGUGAAGCAUUCCGAACACCAAGUUGGUGCAGAAAUUUAUUGCGUCGAGUGUAUGAAAAGACAAGGUUACCCCUCGUUCCUAUUUAUGGUGGAUUUCCAGUCAAAUUAAAAACAAUAUUUGGCGAACCCAUCUAUCCCGACCCUUCAUCAAGCCCUGAGGAAUUUGCAGAACAAGUGCGUACUGAACUUCAGAAAUUGAUCACCAAACAUCAGCAAGUUCCUGGCAGCAUCUUCCGAGGAUUACUUGAGAGGAUUUUCAGGAAAAAAUCGGCAGCGACCAAAUCAUCGUGA